UUUUUAGUCAGAUUUCUUUUGUCUAUUGGCAAGAGGCUGUGCGGUUGUGGUAUUUCCUCGCCGGCCAAGUUUCGUGACAAAAGCUGAUAAAAUGAGUGUUUCUCCAGAAUUACAAGCUGAGGCUAAUUCAUUGAUCCACCAGUAUCUGUUAAAUAUAGAUAAAUCACUUGCAGACAAGUUUUUAACAAAAACAAAAGCGAAACCUAGACAAAAGAAUUUGCCAUCGUUGGUUGAUAUAAUUUCACAAGUUAAGAAAAUUAAUAAUAAGCCACCACAAAAUGCUAAAAAGCCUGCAGAAAGUUCAGAUGAUUCAGACAGUGAAGUAGAGCAAAAAAAACCAACACCUUUGAAUAACUCCAAAAGUGUUCCUGCAGCCAAGAAAAAGGACUCUUCAGAUUCUGAUAGUUCUGAAGAUGAAAAACCAAAAACCCCUUCAAAGGUCAAUAAUGUGGUAAAUAAAAAAGCUUCAGCUAAGAAAACAGAGUCUUCAGAUGAUAGUGACAGUGAAGAAGAUGCCACAGCAAAACCUACAAAGCAGCCAGUCAAAUCUCAGCCAAUUAACUCUGUACCAAAAACUAUCAAGAAGAAAGAUUCCUCUGAUGAUUCAGAUAGCAGUGAAGAUGCCAACAAGCCUAAACCUCAAAAUAAUAUUAUUAAAGGAAAAAAUGUACCUGUAGCAAAAAUUCCUCAACAAAAACCUGCAGUCAAAAAAGCUGAUUCUUCAUCAGACAGUGAAGAUAGCAGUGAUGAUGAGAAACCCAAGAAACCUGCAGUUGCAAUCAAACAACCUGUAACACCUGCCAAGAAAAAAGAAUCCUCAUCAGAUGAUAGUGACAGUGAUGAUGAGAAAACUAAAGUAAAAUCAAAUACUCCUCAAGUCAAACCCAACACUCCUCAAGUCAAACCAAACACUCCUAAAGUAACAGCAGCAGCUAAACCUACACAGAAGUCCAAGAAACAAGAAUCAUCCUCAGACAGCGAUAGUAGUGAUGAACCUUCAAAAACUGCCCAGAAACUACCACCAAAACAAGUGCCUAAUACUAAAACAGUUGCUAAGGCUCCAGCUAAAGAUUCCUCCGAUGACAGUGAUGACUCAGAAGAUGAACAGCCAAAAGCUGCUCAAAAGCUUGCAACAAAGCCUGAGGCACCUGCUAAAACCACUAAGGUUCCCAUUGGAAAAAAACAGGAGUCUUCUUCUGAUGAGGAUAGCAGUGAUGAAGAAAAACCUAAAGUUAUACCCAAACUUCAAGCUCCUGCAGUAAAACCUGUUGGCAAAGUAAAUAAAAAACCAGUAACAUCAUCGGAGGAUAGUGAUGAUAGCAGUGAUGAUGACAAGAAGAAACCAACAAUGAAGCAGCUUACUAAGCCAGCUGCCAAAAAAGAGUCCUCAGAUGACAGUGACAGCAGUUCAGAUGAUGAACCAAAAAAACCUCAAGUCAAGCCUGAAGUUAAAACAGGCAAAAAGGUAAAAAUACAAAAGAAGUCUGACAGUAGUGAUGAAGAUGAUAGUGAUGAAUCACCUCCAACUAAAGUGACAAAGAAAGAAGCUGAUCAGCCAAUGCAAAAUGGCUUCCAAAGUGGCAAGAAGCGGAAAGCAUCUGAUGAAGAUGGCCCACCACCAUCCAAAAAGCCAUACAGUAACUUUGUCAAGGGUACCAAUGUAGUUUCUACACCAAAUGAAAAAACUGUUGAAGAGAACAGUAAACCGACUCCCUUCCGGCGAGUUCUUAGUGAAAAGAUAGAAGUGGACCCUAGACUUAAGGACAAUUCAUUUGAAGCUAAGGGUGGAGCACGCGGAUCGUGGGGUGAGCGCGCCAACUUAGACUUGAAACGUACGCGUGGAAAGUCGUUCAAACACGAGAAAACUAAGAAAAAACGAGGAUCUUAUCGCGGCGGUGCCAUCGACACAAGUGUCCAUUCCAUCAAGUUUGAAGAUUAACAGUUUCAGUUUAGUGUCAUUAAUUUUUGUCCUGUCAUUAUUAUUAAUUUCGGAGAAAUGUUAUCUUGUAUUCUACCGAAAUAGGUACAUAAAAGAUUUAUAAAUUGCUACGCUAAUAUGUAUCGUAGAUAUAUACUUUUUUUUUAUUAAAUAAUUGACUUCGUGGCUUGGUGAUUGUCAGCUGCUCUGUUAAAAACUAAUUUAGUGAAAUUUAUUGCAAUAGAUGUUAAUUUUUGAUUGAAAUAAUUCUAAAAGUUUACCUUAUGAAAUAAAAACUUUGACAUCAAUACAGGAAAGGUUAAAUACAAUUUAGAAUCUAUAAAAAAAAUAGUACUGGACUUUAUAACUUUUAAAAAUAAUAAAGUUUUAUUUUAAUUGCAUUUAAUACCAUUUCAAUUGACCAUUGUGUAACUAUUACUUCAAAGUAGAAUGUAAAUAAUAGUUUGCAUUUAACAUAAGAGUAUGUUAUAUUAUUUUGUACAUAAGCUGUUUUUGUAAUACAUAAGAAUGAUAGAUAUUUAAGAAACAACCUAGAAAUAAGGUAAAGUAAGACCGCCUCUAAACUAUAAAAUAUGUAUUUUAAUUAAAUUCAUUUGAAAUACA